AUACGGUCCAUCUGUCUCGGACCUUCUCAAUUAUCUUGUUGAGUAUGUACCGUGAUGCAUCACAGCAAAGGGUUUCAAAAAAGCCAAGAAGGGCGCUUGGUAGGCAUUAAGCUAGUAUUUGGCGCUGAGCAGGCUAGGGUUUACUCUGCAAGCAUGUUGGGUGCAUAACGCUUUAUCGUUGCAUACAUAAAGGUAAAUAAACUGCCACGCCUAAUUGUAUAGUCUGCCCUGCGGGAUUCAACUACUUUCCCAUUAUUCUACAGUUUCUUUUUGCCAUGUCCGGUAUUCUGGAUAACGGUCUUUCCUAUGUGGACGCGCUCCAAGUUGAGCAGCGCUACGGAACAGAAAGGGCCAAACGACUUCGCCCUGAGGGAGAUAAUCAGUUCAUCGACAUAUCGCAUUCCCCACAGCAUCAAUCAUUUUUAGACGAUCCUUGGGUCGACCCGGGAAAUGUUCAAGACGCGAAGACAUUGUUUCCAAACAGCCGAUGCCAGAUGCUCGUACUUGGAACGGGUCUGGGUGGUCUCGUGUACGCGGUACGCAUGAUUCAGGCUGGUAUCAAGCCAGAAGAUAUCCGAAUGGUCGAUGUUGCAGGAGGAGUUGGUGGUACGUGGUACUGGAACCGAUAUCCAGGAGCGCACUGCGAUAUCGAGAGCUACUCCUACCUCCCGUUGCUGGAGGAGACGGGAUAUGUACCAAAACACAGAUACUCUCGAGGCGAGGAAAUUCGCGAAUACGCCAAUUUGAUAGCUGAAAAGUGGGAUCUCUCCAGGAGAAUUGCGUUCCAAACCAAAGCCCAAAAGCUUACGUAUGAUGAGAAUAACAAGGAGUGGGUUGUCAAGCUAGAGCAGAGGCAGGCAGACAAAGAACCUCUGCAACUGGACGUGCGUGCCGAGUAUGUUGUGACCGUGAACGGUCCACUCAACUGGCCGAAGCUUCCAGGAAUUCCUGGCAUCUUGGACUACAAAGGCGACAUUUUCCACGCUUCACGCUGGAAUUACACAGCUACUGGAGGUUCGCCGGACGACUGGUCGCUCACCCAGCUUAAAGACAAGACAGUGGCCAUAAUAGGAACAGGAUGCACUGGAGUUCAGAUCACUCCGCAGCUUGCACGCUGGGCGAAGCAUGUGUACGUCGUCCAACGUACACCUGCAUCUGUCGAUCAUCAGGACCAAAAGGAGACAGAUGAAAAGUGGUUCCGUAAUGAAGUUGCUACUUCACCAGGAUGGCAACGAGAGCGUAUGAAGAACCUCCACGAACACUUCACUACGGAGGAAUCACCCUCAGUGAACCUAAUGGGUGAUGCGUGGACCCGCGCUCCAGCACUGGUCGGCCUUACUGGCAACGUGAACGGUCCAAAGACCAUAGAAGAACUCCCUGCAUACAUGAAGAAGCUCCAUGCAAUCGACCUACCGCGACAAAACCGUCUUCGAAAACGCGUAGAAGAAGAGGUUCACGACAAAGAUACUGCUGCAAGACUACAAGCGUGGUACCCCUCAUGGUGCAAACGUCCAGCCUUCCACGACGAAUACCUCUCGACCUUCAACCGCUCUAACGUCACACUCCUCGACACUGAAGGCAAAGGAGCCGAUCAAAUCACCAACGACUCCGUUAUCGUAGACGGCAAAUCGUACGUCGUCGACCUCAUCAUCUGCGCAACCGGCUUCCGCGCCCCCUUUACCGGCACCCCGGCCGAGAAAGCCAACGCCACAUUUUUCGGGCGCAAUGGCGUCUCCAUUACCGAGGAGUGGGCGCGCAACGGUCCGAAAACGCAACACGGUGUCCUCGACUACAAUUUCCCCAACCUCUUCUUCUCCGGGCCCUGGCAGGGCGCUAACUCCCCAAAUUAUCUCUUCGCCGUUGAUAUGUUCGCGAGGCACGCAGCGUACAUACUGGCUGAGGCGCGGCGCAAAGCGCAUGGCAAGAAGUUUGCUGUAGCGCCUACAGCUAGUGCAGCAGAGAAGUGGAGUAUGGAAGUUGCAAUGAAGUCGGCGCCCAACAUGGCUAUUAUGGGCUGUACGCCAAGUUACUUGAAUGUAGAGGGUGGAUUGGAUAAGAUUCCUCCUGAGAUGCAGCUCAUUGUUGCUAGCUCUGGGCUUUGGGGCAGUGGAGUUGAACAUUUUAUAAAUCUUAUUGAAGCUUGGCAGAAAGAGGGGAGCAUGGACGGGAUUCAAGUCGAAGUAUAGUGCUAAGAUCGAGGUCUAUUUGUUAGUUAGGAUUAAUCUGAGAAAGAGCACAAAGUAGACAAGAGUAUGAAGCGAAAGAUUCUGGAAUAGUAGUGCAUUGUUUAAUUACAGCUUGGGUUAAACACAGAGUCUAUAGUGUAUCUGUGUCCGGCUAUAUGUAUCUAUAUAUCUAAUUAUCCUAAUAGUCCUACUGAUCCUACAAUACUUAGGGCUGCGAAGUCUGGUAGGACAUCUAGGAUAUCUGGGACUCAAGUGAAUGUUGACGUCACGUGACUCCUUCGUUCAUAGGGACGCGCUCUCCUCUGUUCCUUC